GAAAGCGAGGCGGGGUAGAGAGCUUAGUUGAGAGCGCCGAUGAAGCGUCAGCUAAAUGAUACGUGAGAUAUCUAGCGAGCUAACGUUCGCUGCGGAGUAAGUUUUUAUUGUUGGUUGAAAUACUUCAUUGGACUUAAAAAAUCGACGCCUGGUGAUUUUAGAACAUUUUGGAAAUUACCCGAAAGGACGACUUUACCCCAGGAAAUGGACCAGAAGCCAUAUUUGGAACUAGAAGCUGUGUUACUUUAGAAACCGAGAAAACCAGUCAUACGUUAUUGGAUCUGAAGACCGCCGUUUCCUCACUACCUGUCUGGUUAAUGUAAAGCACAGGACGAGGCUACCAUGGAUAUUUUCCCUCGGCCCAGCGGGGAAAUUCAAAGGAGAAAUCCACAGCAGGAUUUUGAGCUUAUUCAGCGAGUUGGAAGCGGUACAUAUGGGGACGUGUACAAGGCCAGAAACAUACAGACGGGAGAGCUUGCCGCUGUGAAGAUAAUCAAACUGGAACCAGCUGUGCCGACCCACCCAAGCGGUGGGCCCCAGGAAUCGCCCUCCUGGCGACAGCCCUGCCCUCGCAGGAUUCUCAGGAUUCUCUGGGUUAAAGUCGCGAGGGGGAAGCGGGUCUCUGGCCGGGACAGCAGUGUUUUCGGUAGCGCAGUGAUGGCGGUGCAGGGCAGGUGGCGAGGGGAUGACUUCUCCAUCAUACAGCAGGAGAUCUUCAUGGUGAAGGAAUGCACGCACCAAAACAUUGUGGCGUACUUUGGGAGCUACUUGUGCCGGGAAAAGUUAUGGAUCUGCAUGGAAUACUGCGGUGGAGGAUCCCUGCAGGAUAUUUACCAUGUGACCGGCCCCCUGACUGAGCUCCAGAUAGCCUAUGUCUCCAGGGAGACCUUGCAGGGCCUGGGCUAUCUGCACACCAAGGGGAAGAUGCACCGAGACAUUAAGGGUGCCAAUAUCCUGCUGACAGAUAACGGCGACGUGAAGCUAGCCGAUUUCGGAGUCGCAGCCAAAAUAACAGCUACAAUUGCCAAGAGGAAGUCUUUUAUUGGAACUCCUUACUGGAUGGCUCCAGAGGUGGCAGCGGUGGAGAAGAACGGAGGCUACAACCAGCUGUGUGACAUCUGGGCUGUCGGGAUCACGUCCAUCGAGCUGGCCGAGCUGCAGCCGCCCAUGUUCGACCUGCACCCCAUGAGGGCCUUAUUUCUAAUGUCAAAGAGCAGUUUCCAGCCCCCCAAGCUAAAAGACAAAACAAAAUGGAGCGCGGCGUUCCACAACUUCGUCAAGGUGUCUCUGACCAAGAACCCCAAGAAGAGGCCCACGGCUGAGAAGCUUCUCUUGCACAUGUUUGUGGCCCAGACUGGCCUGACCAGGAGGCUGGCGGUGGAGCUCCUGGACAAGAUGAACAACCCCGACAACCACGCCCACUUCAGCGAGGUGGACGACGACGAUCUGGAGCCCCUCGCUGAGGUGAGGCACACCAUCCGCUCCACCAACCCCAGAGCUGAGAGGACACGCUCAGAGAUCAACUUUGAAAAGACACCGUUUGGACCUCCACUCCGGAAGGAAACUGAGGCUCACACCGAAAUGGACGUGACCAAAGAGAACGACUUCCCCUCCCCGUGGAGCCCCUUCUCCGAGGGCGGCAUCAGCAGCAAGAGCCUUCUCAAAAGCGUUGAGGAGGAGUUGUUCCAACGGGGACACAUCGCCCAUCUGGAGGACGCCUUUGAAGACGUGGAGCUCUCCACGCUGAAGCCGGCCGGCCCUCCCCCGCUGCCCCCCAAGCCGCGGUUGAGCAGCAGUUCUGAUGAGACGGGCCUGAGUGACGAGCGGUGUGUGACGGUUCGGCGUUUCCCCGGCGCGGAUAACGGCCCCCCCGGGGGCUCCCGGAGGCAGAGCACGCCCGAACACGGCGGCCUGGCCCAGCACACGCCCCCCGACUUCCUGUCCGCCAGCGUCAGCAGCCCGGGUCUGCUGUCCCACACCGCGGAGCAGGAUCACGAGGAUGCGGAGAGCGGUCUGAACGGAGACAGCUCCAAGCAGCCCCCGCCCACACCUCACAGGAAAGAGAAGAAGGAUUUCCCGAAGCCAGCCAUCAAUGGUCUGCCCCCCACCCCUAAAGUACUGAUGGGAGCCUGCUUCUCCAAGGUCUUUGACGGCUGUCCCCUGAAGAUCAACUGUGCCACAUCGUGGAUACACCCGGAUACGAAAGACCAGUACCUCAUUUUCGGGACGGAGGACGGCAUUUACACUCUGAACUUGAACGAGCUGCACGAAGCCACCAUGGAGCAGCUGUUUCCAAGGAGGUGUACCUGGCUGUACAUUAUCAACAAUAACCUGAUGUCUUUAUCGGGGAAGUCCUUCCAGCUGUAUUCCCACAACCUGAUUGGUCUGUUCGAGCAGCUGAGGAAGCCGGGAUUGGCCGCCCAGUUCCAGACCCACCGCUUCCCCGACAAGAUCUUACCGAGGAGGUUCGCCCUGACCACCAAGAUCCCCGACACAAAGGGCUGCCACAAGUGCUGCAUCGUGAGGAACCCCUACACGGGUCACAAGUACCUGUGUGGGGCCCUGCAGUCCGGCAUCGUCCUGCUCCAGUGGUACGAGCCCAUGCAGAGGUUCAUGCUCAUCAAGCACUUUGACUUCCCGCUGCCCAGCCCCCUGAAGGUGUUUGAGAUGCUGGUGGUCCCGGAGCAGGAGUACCCCAUGGUGUGUGUGGCCCUCAGCCAGGGCAGCGAGCCGGGCCAGGUGGUCCGCUUCGAGACCAUCAACCUCAACUCCUGCUCGUCCUGGUUCACCGAGAUCGGAUCCACGGUGCAUCAGGUGGAUGCCGUCCACGUGACCCAGCUGGAGAGAGACACGGUGCUGGUGUGUCUGGACAAGAAUUUGAAAAUUGUCAAUCUCCAGGGCAGAUUGAAGUCCAACAAGAAGCUGGCGUCUGAACUCAGCUUUGGCUUCUGCAUCGGCUCCGUGGUGUGCCUUCAGGACAGCGUCUUGGCCUUCUGGAAACACGGCAUGCAGGGCAAGAGCUUCAAGUCCAACGAGGUAACUCAGGAGAUUUCCGAUCCAAGCCGGGUCUUCCGUCUGCUGGGAUCUGACAGGGUGGUGGUCCUGCAGAGCCGGCCAACAGACAACCCCACAGCCCCGAGCAACCUCUACAUCCUGGCUGGCCACGAGAACAGCUACUAGGCCGAGACCCGUCGGGUCUGGGCGAGGAGUGAGCCGGACACUCACCCCCCACUCCCCCAGAAGAGGGGCUUCAAUUGCAGCUGAGAUGGUGGCAGAGGCCUGCCUCCUGUUCCCGGUGCUCUCCAGACUCUUACCGCACAGCCAGGAACUUUCUCCGGGGCCGUGGAGCAUCGCAGAGGGGGACGGCACAGGGUCGGGGAAGGGGGGGUCUGCCAAUCCCAUCAUACGCGCACCCCCUCCCUGGCAUCUCUCCGCGACGGCCUUACACCACGCGCCUCGAAAAGCGGGGCAGGGCGUGGCACACCAUGCCUGUGGGGAGCGUGUGCAGUCCGGCGUGGGGCCGCUCUGUGCACCGCCCAAAUGUAGCAGUGACACCGCCUAUGAGCUAAGGCAAUAUAGACCAGCCUUUGGGUCUGCAUUCACAACGUUUAAGUGCCAUAAAAGAAUAAGUAAUAAUAAUAAUAAUAAUAACAAAUUUAGGUUUGUCAGUUUCCUCAGUGCUUAGGAAAAGGACAGAUGACAGUUUUCUUGUAGAAAGGUCCAACUGAACUCUGACUAAUGGGAGAGAUUCAUUGCUAAUUUGCUGAGCCUUGACAUCGAGGAGAGAAUUACACCCCCCCCCCCCCCCCUUUACGCUGUAGAAGUUUACCAACUGAUUAGAAAGCAAUAAUACGAACUGCCAUAGCAUUUUGGUUAAGUGGGCUAUUUAAACCUUAUUUAUUAAUCUGCGAGUAGUGGAGUAUUUUACUUUAGCUGUGUUAACCAAUGACAGGCGCAGUUCUGGCUCCUUCAGGCAGGUGGCUGGGCAGCUUUGGGUCCUUUUACCGCUCUGUAAUAUAGAGUUGCUUUUCCUCCGCUUGGUUCUUUUUAGAUUUUUGAAUAUAAUGUAAAGUAGUAAACUUUUUUUGUUUUGUUUUGGGGUUUUUUUGUUGUUUUUUUAUUGUUACUUUUAUUCAAUUUUUGCACCAUGUAAGCACUUUUGUACAUUUAUGUUGUUUUGUAUUUAAAUGCGACAGGAGGGGGAAAAAAAAUGUUUGGGGAAAAAAAAAAAAAAGAUUGGUUUUCAUAACAUCAGUAUUCCCUGGUAAGAUUUUAAUGUAUGCAGGUUUUGUAAUAAAAAGCUAUUCUGUUAAUAAUAAAAAAGGGUUAUACUAGG